AUGAGCGCCAACCGCAAGCUCCAGACGGAGAUCGACCGCACGCUCAAGAAGGUCGAGGAGGGCGUGGAGGUCUUCGACGAGGUGUGGGACAAGGUCUACAGCGCGACGCAGCAGAACCAGAAGGAGAAGUACGAGGUCGACCUCAAGAAGGAGAUCAAGAAGCUGCAGCGGCACCGCGACCAGAUCAAGACGUGGGCGGCGUCGAGCGACGUCGGCCGCCGCGCCGCGACGCGGGCAAUUUCUGUUACGUUACGCGCGCCGGAGCCCCGGUUGUCUUCCGCGCAGGUCAAGGACAAGCGCGCGCUCGCGACGGCGCGGAAGCUCAUCGAGACGAAGAUGGAGCAGUUCAAGGUCUGCGAGAAGGAGACCAAGACCAAGACGUACUCGAAGGAGGGCCUCGCGCGCGAGGCGCGCGUCGACCCGCACGAGGCGGCCCGGCGGAGCACGCGCGCCUGGCUCCGCGACGCGGCGGACCGCCUCGGCGCGCAGGUCGACGCGGCCGAGGCCGACGUCGAGCGCCUCUCGGCGGGCCGCGGCGCGAAGAAGCACCGCGCCGAGGUCGAGGCCCUCGAGGCGAGCGUGCGGCGCCACAAGUGGCACGUCGCGCGCCUCGAGCAGAUCGCGCGGCUCCUGGACAACAGCGUCCUGACGCCCGAGCGCGUCGACGAGGUGCGCGAGGACGUCGAGUACUACAUCGACGCCAACCAGGAGCCCGACUUCGCGGACGCGUACGACGAGACCAUGGACAUCUUCGAGGGCCUCGAGCUCGGCGCGCCGCGCGAGGCCCGCGACGAGGGCGCGGUCGCGCGCGGCGGCGGCGCGCCCGCCGACGACGACGACGGCCUCGACGCCAAGGCGCGACGCAAGCGCGACCGCGCGCUGCUCAAGGAGCGCGAGCGCGAGGAGAAGCGCCUCGCGCGCGCGGCCAAGGCGAAGCCGGUCCAGGCGGUGCCGCUGACGAUCGGGCGCGCCGUCGCCUCGAAGCCGCCGGCGCCGGCGGCGCCGGCGCCGGCGCCGGCGGCCAAGCGGGCCGCGGCGCCCGCCGCGCCCGCCGCGCCCGCCAAGGCCCCGGCGGCGCCGGCGCCGGCGGCGCCGCCGGCCGCCGCGGCGCCGGGCGGCUCGAGCCUCGCCGCCAUCCUCAAGCAGCGCACGGACCGCCCGGCGCCACGGCCGGCGACGGCGGCGCCGUUCGCCGCCGCCGCGCGCCAGGCGCUGCCGCCGGGCGCCGCGCCGGCGCCGCCGGGCGCCGCCGGCGCGGCCGGCGGCUACGCGCCCUACGCGGCCAGCGGCCGCGCGGCGGCGGCCGCGCCGCCGGCGGCCGGCGGCGACGCGGCCCUCCUCGCGCGCCUCGCACGGGGCGGCGGCGGUGGCGGCGCGGCGGCGGGGGCGGCGGCCGCGCCGGCGAUCGGGCCCGCGCCCGCAGCGCCCCCCGCGGCGGCGGCGGCAGCCGCGCCGGCGACGGCGGCGGCGGGCGCCGCGCCGGCGCCGGCGCCGGGCGUCGACGCGUGCUUCGCGCCGGGCGCCUCGCUCGAGCCGCUCCUCGACCGCACGGACCCCGCGGCCGCGGACGACACGUACGCGCGCCUCCUCGACGCGCGCGCGCCGCCGCCGCCGCCGCCGGGCGCCGGCGCGGCCUCGGCGGACGACCUGCGCGCGCACCGCGCGGCGGCCGAGGCGCGGCGCCUCGCAGCGCUCGCGCUGUCGAUGCGCCGCGCGCCGCGCAAGCGCGACGCCGAGCGGCCGCGGCAGUACGUGCCGCGGAACCCCUACGCGACGCCCGCCGCCUUCCCGACGCAGCCCGCGGCCGUCUUCGACGGCGCGGCCGUCUUCGCGCGCCUCGGCACGGACACGCUCUUCUUCGUGUUCUACUACCAGCAGGGCACGUACCAGCAGUACCUCGCCGCGCGCGAGCUCAAGAAGCAGUCCUGGCGCUACCACAAGAAGUACAUGACGUGGUUCCAGCGUCACGAGGAGCCCAAGGCCACGACGGACGCCUUCGAGCAGGGCACGUACGUAUACUUCGACUACGAGACCGGCUGGUGCCAGCGCAUCAAGUCAGACUUCACCUUCGAAUACGCGUACCUCGAGGAUGAACUCGUUUAG